GUUAAAUUUAUACCCGAACAUAAAAGAGGUAGUGGUUGUGUGUUUAAAAAGCAUCAAAAGAAGGAAAAAAAAGAAAAGAGUUGUUUUUUAGUGACUGAACAAAUUUGGAUUAUAAAAAUAAAAGCACAGCUGAGACGACAUCAACAUGGGCUACCGGUUUCAAAUAUCAAUUUUAUUGGCGCUAAGCAUAACAGCAACAAUUGCAUCAGCACAAACGCCAGCAAGUAAAUUCCAAAUUCGUGUCGAAGGAAAGAAGAAUGAAAAAGAUCAAGAGAUAUCGCCUGCAACAUUACAGCAAAUUCGUGCAAGGCAAUUAGCAGCACAGCAGCAUCAACAGAGUUCAGCUGAAUAUUACAGUGAAGAAGAAGAUGAUGAUGAAAAUGUUCCAGCUCAACAGACAUAUCAUCGAGCAACGCAAUCACCUCAGAGACAAUAUCAACCUCAACAGCACAAUCAAUAUCAACAGCAACAGCAUCAACAACAACGAAAGCAACAACAAUUAAGUAAGAAGCAACGUGAGGAUCUCGAGAAAGAAAUAGAAGAGGAAGAACCAGAUCAUUUAGCACUCUUGCUUGAGGAAUCAAAAUUCUCAUGUAAUGAUAGAACGACUGGAUAUUAUGCUGAUGAUACUGUUGAAUGUAAAGUCUUCCACUAUUGUCAAGAAAACACAAAGCACAGUUGGAUAUGUCCAGAAGGAGCAACUUUCCAUCAAGUACAUCUUAUUUGUAUGCCUCCAUCAGAUGAGAAUAUCUGCCAGCAAUCCAGUAAAUAUCAUUUCGUAAAUGACUAUCUUUACAAGCCAAUCAACAUGGAAGAACAUCAAUCCAAGCCAAAUGUCUCACUCAGAUACCACGAGAGAUAUUAUCCAGAGAAUAUUUACCAUGAUGACCGUUCAGAAUAUGAUGAGGAGCGUGAACGUGCCCCUGUCAGACAGCAACCAAAACCCGUUGUCAGAACACAACAGAAUGCCUACCGGCAACAACAGCAGAACGCUUAUCGCUCACCAGAUGAAAUUAAUAUUUCCUUACAACAGCGUCGCCCAUAUUUUGCACAAACGACAACACGCUAUGAGGAUGAGGAGCAAUAUAACUACGAGAAAUAGGUUAAAUGUUGAUUCUAGACGAGUUAACUCGCUAUGAAAGCUUAGAAAUUAAUUCUAGGAUUUAACAUAACCUAAAUUUUUGACAUUUUUUUAAAUACUCGUUUUUAUUAUUUAUCCUCGUUAUUUUCAUCCGUUUAAGCUCAUCCAAAUAUUUGACAGAAAAUUAUUUUAAUAAAAAAAAAGAAGAUACAAACUGGAAUGCAAGGACACGCUCAUCAUCAACAUUCCAUACCCUCCAUUUCAAUUAUAAUGUAAAUUUACAAAAAAGAUUUUUCUUUUCAAGUUGUUAGAAAAAUCAAAAAUUUUUGCAGAGACUUUAUUGGAUGAGACUUUUUUUUAAGUACACGUACAUUUUUAUUUGAUGUGUUUACAUUUUUUAUUUCCGAACUGUAAAGUAAAGAGACGAGAAAAGUUAAAUUUUUGAAGGCAAAAGAGAUUAAACUGUAAAGACAAAAUUGUUUUCAUUCAUAUCUGGUGCUC